AUGGAAGACUCGAGGAAUCGUGUCCUCGCUCCGAAACUUCUCGCCUCAGUGGCUCAGGAUGCAUCUCAAAUUCUCUUUCCUUUCGCCGUCGCCAACGCCAGUGGCCCUGCUGCCGAGAUCGCCACUCGCCUCCUCUACAUCGCAGAUGACCUGUCCACGCAAGAGCUAUAUCAGCUGCCUUACGAUGCUGGUAAACUUUGUCUCUGGGCUCUCCAGGAUCUGUUUGAGAUCUGCAAGUGGCCAACGCUCUCUACUCCCAAAGCUCGAGCUCAUUUGAUAAGCAAGAGUCCACAGGAGCUGCGAGAUUCUCUUGUUCAGCUCUUUCAAUCCGUAGAUUUGAGGCAACGAGCGCAAGCAUCGAUAGGCAGGUUUUGUAGAGAAAAGCCCGACAAAAUCAGACCUUUCCAGGCACGUUUUAUCAAACUUUCCAAUAGUCUUAUGAAGAACGCGCAAAGCUUGCACGGCAGCAAUUUCGAGACGCACGAAGAUUCGUAUCUCACACCACUUGCAAGAGAUACAUUUCCCAAUGAGGUUCACAAGUUGCUUUUUGACGGAGUUAAAAGCCAUUCAUCUUGUGUGCAACAGAUUCAUGUAACACCCGUGUUCAAGGACACAAGGGAUGAUGGAUGGCACCGCACCAGACUUUGUCUCAACUCUGGAUUCCUCCUAGACAACCAGUCGGCCCUUUUCAAUAUCAUAACAGCCACUUCAAAUAUGGAUUAUUGGCAGGAGAUGGCCAUUAAUAUCUCAGUGCAUGGCGACGUCUGCACGCGCCUAGAAAACCGCAAUUACGCAAGGAUCUAUCUCGAUUUGGAUAGAGACUGUCAUCUCUAUGAACGGCCUGAUCCUGAAGAGCUUCAGCAUGUCAUAUCAGGUUGUGGUAUUCCACUGUCGCACUUACUGACCAUGAGCGAACUGACAGUUGAACAUAAAAUAAAGCUGUCAUAUGCUAUCUCUCGAGCAUUCUGGCAAUUCUAUCAAACGGAGCUGAUGGAAACUAGGUGGACCAGUGAGGAUAUUCUGUUCAUGCCUGUUGAUGAGUCAAUUUUGCCAUCAGGCGGUGUUCCCCUGAGAGCUUUCAUUUCUUUCCCUUUUGGCGCAGAACAUAAUGAGUCACCAUCCGAGUUCUACGAUAAGGACCAGUAUACCCACCGCUACCCAAGAAUAUUGUUCUUAGGGAUUGUUCUUCUGGAGAUUGGUCUUGGGCAACCACUGGGGCUGGAAAACGACCCAAAGCUCAGCCCGGUUGGGCUUACGAACAAGGCUCACAUCAGAGCGAAGUUGAAAUUGAAGCAGCUGAAGAAAGAACAGUGGGAUGGCUUCCAUUGGAAAGAGUAUUUCGUCGAGGCGGUUGAGAACUGUUUGGAUUCUGCCAACUUCAAAGCCUCUUCGAAACGGGGCAAAUCACGGCAUCAGGGCGAUGUGAACCUCGACGAAAGCGCAAAAGGCAUGCUAGUCUCCGCUAGGAGGGACGCUGUUUACAGAAAGGUUGUCGCUCCCUUGCACUGGUUGGCCAAAGUAGGGUUCGAAGAUUCGGAAGAAGUCCCAUUCGUACCGACAAGACAGAAGCCGCGACAGGAACCCAAGUCCAGUAACAACGAGGAACUUCGACGCUCCUGGAGCGAGAUGCGUGCACACCCGUCCUUUCAUUCUGGUGGCUCGAUCAAUACAGAAGUAUUUCUCGACGAUCUUCAGAUUCUCGCGGGCCACAUUACGCGCUGUCGAAGGCUGGCAAAGGUUACGAAACCAAUCCGAGUUGCGAUACUUGAUACUGGAUGCGACGCAAAUUUGCCGUUCUUCCAAUUGCCCCAGAGGUCUGGCAGGCUCAAGGGAUGGAUGGAUUUUGCCGCUCCAGGAUCGACGAGUGAAGUAGAUACUUUCGGCCAUGGAACAUUCAUGACACGACUGCUCUUGCACGUUGCGCCGAUAGUCGACGUUUAUUUGAUCCGCGUAGCAGAGAAUAUCAAAGACUUGGAAAACAACGAGGAAAAUAUUGCGAGAGCUAUCGAAUACAGCGGACUUGAUCCAGAGUGUAAAGCAGAUAUCAUUUCCAUGUCCUUUGGGUUUCCCAAUAGACCAGGAACGUCGCAUAACGCCAUUUCAAAUGCAAUCGAUAAAGUCAUCGAGGGCCGUGGAGACUCGGUGCUAUUACUCGCAAGCGCUGGAAAUUCAUGGGGGAGGAGGAGGGAUUUCCCGGCCAGUCACAAAGACGUCAUACCUAUUUACGCAGCUGACUCUAAAGGAGCAUUUCUGCUGUCAAAUCCUGCCCAUACGGGGAAGGGGCCCAAGAAGCUCGGAACUUAUGGCACGGAUAUACCCGCGCCCAUCACCCAGGAGAUCCAGGAUCGUUUCCCGAAGGUAGAUUUGAGCGCGGGAACGUCGAUUGCAACAGCUAUCGCAGCUAGUAUUGUCGCCAUGACUCUGUCAUAUACUGCCGCACUGCCCUCCCUCCUGAAAUUCGGCGGCUCCGAGGAGGUUUGCGCUAAGCUUUGCACGAAGAAAGGCAUGGAGCAGAUGCUACUUGCCAUGUCGCUUACGACUGGUUAUCGACAGCAGUUUAUCAACCCGAUAUGGUUUUGGGGUGAGAAGCAGAAAGACAUACAGGUGUUCGUUGCUAUGUGCUCUGCCGUAGAGGAAAUGAACAAAGAGGCUUGA